GAAAAUAUCGAAACGGAGGCGCAAUGCAUCGCCUCCGUCCAACAACACAGUAUCCAGCGUACAGAACGCAGCAGCGCAUCUCCAACGAAGCAUCACCGGCUGACUGCGGCACGGCGGCAGCACACAGUGCGCAAACGGGUGUGCGCAGCCAUGACGCUAGCAUCUUGGCAUCGGCUGUGCCACAGCAGAAACGGGAAAGGCGCAUCAUGCGCUGCGUGCCUCGUCAUCGCUGUGCUGGAGGGUCCAGGUUCCGGUACUUGCGGGCUGUCCAGCGCGAGGCCCGCGGUACCUCC